AUGAUUAGAGGAUUAAAUAAAACUUCAAAUAUUUUACGUUCAAGUGUUUCAUUAAAUUCAGUCACAGGAAAUAGAACAAUUGUUAGAGGUAUUUUCAAUAUUUCUGCCAAUCCAUCAAGAAUUGUUUCAAGAAGAAGUUCACUCAGUUUUUUAAAUGAAAAUACAUCAGUAAUCAUUACCAGAGCAAAAGGUGGUAGCAAAGGUGGUAAAGGUGGUAAAGGCGGCAAAGAAGAUGAUACUCCAUUUACAAAUUGGAAAGAUAUCGAUCUUUCCCGUUAUCAAGAAGCCUCCAUGAAAACAUUAGAUUAUAUCUCUAGAGAAUAUGGAAAUAUUCGUUUUGGUCGUGCUGGUCCAGAACUUUUAGAUCGUAUUAAUGUAGAAACACCAAAUGGCAAUUUAUUAUUACCACACAUUGCUAUGGUUACUGUCAAAGAUCCAUUAACAUUAAAUAUUACUUUAUAUGAUACCUCAUUUGUUAAAAAUGUCGAAAAAGCUAUUCAAACUGCAGGUUUAGGUUUAAUGCCACAAGUUAGUGGUACUGUUAUUAAAGUUUCAUUACCAAAACCAACUAAUGAUUUAAGACAAAAAUUAAUUAAACAAGUAAAUACAAUUUCCGAAGAUGCCAAAGUUUCAAUUAGAAGACAUAGAAAAGAUGCCAUGGACAGCUUAAAGAAUUACAAAUUAAGAAAAGAUGACGAAAAACUUUUAGAAAAAAAUAUCCAAAAAAUGAUUGACGACUAUGUUGGCAAUAUUACAAAAUUAACAGACUCAAAAUUAAAAGAAAUUAACUCUGUUUAA